AUGCCCGCGAACAAAUCGAACCUAUCGACGCCCCGUAAAGAGAAGCCCGGCGACAAGCUCUAUUCCCUCGCAACUACGGUCGGCGUUAACACCAGCAAGAAGAAGAGGCGCUCCUCCUCCUUCGUUAAGCAUAAACAUUACGCGCAAUAUCUGCAGCUUCAUUCGGAAUACAGGAGCACGUACACAUGGCACGAGUACACAGGACCGCAUCAGGAGCACACAGUUGUGCGACGCGCACCGCAGCCGCCACCGUCGACGAAGCAACCAAGCGCGAAGCUACAAUCGGCCAAGUCAACAGAGGAUGAGAACAGCGAAGGGCCCACUUUGGAACCACCAUUGCCCAGGCGAAAGAAAUGUCCGGAGCUCGCUUACAGGACGCACGAAUUUAUCACGGCAGCGGAUGGCGGUGGUAUCGAUGCCAUCGACUCGAACGUUGUAGCUGAUAAAGUACGGGAAGUUACAGCAACGUCGGCACUGCCACCAAGUCAGCUUAGCAAGGCGAUAUCUCGUAUCAGUACCGAGUACCGGCUGCAGUUCGCCUGGCCUAGAAGACCGCAGUUGACAAAUGGCGAAACUCAGGCGCCUGUUCCAGCUGCGGGGGUUCCCGCAGGUACCACAGGCCCGCCGAGGAAGUCGCUCAGCAUGGGUGCGCUUAAACAGGGCAUGGUGCCUUCUGGACCUGCGCCAGUACACAAGAAGCGACCCGGCGACUUUGAUCACAAACGCGAUGGGGUCCAAGCAUCGGAACUGGAACCUUUGGUGGGUGGUAUUGGAAUGGACAUGAUCGACGGUGUGGUACCAGAGGGCGAUGAACGCGAAGAGGAUCUAUCGGAUUUGAAAGUAGCUUUCAGGGGUAAAAAGUCAGGUAGAACCGUGCGGAUAUCGGACAAUAAAGUGCCGGAAAAAUCAAAGGCGAGACCAUUUCCCACGGCGGAAGUGAUCGAGCUCCGGCGACUCGCUGACGAGUACAAGCAUCGUGACUGGGGUUGCGGUCUGGCAGCCGAGGAUGAAGCUUCGCUGUGGAAACGGGUCUCCAGUAACCACGCACUCAACGCCCUAUCCCUUGCCAGGUCGGUCACCAAAGAGGAGAAAGAAAAGGAAAACACGAGGAAGGUCGCACCGAUCGCUACUAUGCCACCGGCGGGUCGACCGUCCUCGGUACAAGCUAGACCAAUGCAUGGCAUAAUACAGGACGAGCAUACUAAGGCAGAUACUGAUCGAGCCAUCGCUCGCGCAAGAAAGGAUUUCUUGAUCCGCCACCAUCUUGAUCGUACAACUGGUGUGGGUGACGGUGCACUGCUUCCCUCUCCAACGAGAGAGAAACUGGAGCCCGUGAUACCACGACGACGUGAUGAUGUUAAGGAGCAUCGGGACGAGAUUCAACCGCGAACCAAGUCCAGUCCGAAAAAUAGUCCGAGAACCGGACGCUCGCAGAGCCUCGGACCGACCGUCACCGAUCGCAGAUCGCCUAAACGUCAGCCUCCCCGUGCACCGUCUGUUACCAAGGAUGCUAAGGAAAAAGAGAAAGAGACAAAAGACAAGGAUAAAGAGCACAGGGAGAAGAGUGGCGAGCCCGAAAGACAUCCACGACCGACGGGUGUUUCAGCCGCGGCAGGCCCAGGCCAACGUGUCCGUUGGAGCAUACGGGAACCCGCGACUACGGUUCCCCCGGCGACUGGCCUGUCGACGCCGCCUAUACCGCCAUUACCGCCGCCACCCUCGGGCCCAGGGCCUACUCCGCUCCACAAGAGGCCCCCGCAAGUCCCACAUCGCAAAUCCUUCCUCGCGACCGCCCCUCCCCAUCGCCCUCUUCAUCACGCCAAACCCACAACCACUACCAACACCACCAACAUCACUGUCACUACCGCUAAUAAUAUUAGCGCAAGUACCGCCCCGGUAAAACGUUCCCCGGUAAAGUAUUCGGUUCAUAUGACCGUCCAUCACCCACCUACGUCGGGCGCUGCCGCUGCGGCCAGGCCGGAGCGCGGCGUUAAAGAUUUAAGCCAAAGGUGCCGUGGUGCGAAUGACGAGGCUCAGGCAAAACUGGCCCGCAGGCAUCCAGCAGCUGCGGCUGCAGCCGCCGGCGAUGAUCCAUCAUCCAAAUCAUCCCUCGAUACGCGAUCCGCGUCAAAUCGAGCCGCUACUACCGCCGCCCAAGCUAUGACGGCGGAACCCCAAGUAAACGGGGAUGUCACCGGCGGGGAUUCGAGCGUCGCUUCGACGCCACCGUCGCAAACGACAAAGGCAGUGGGGCCAGCGCCUGUCACCCAAGCAAGUCCCUGGCUAGACGACGAGCCGGUGGUGAAGAGCCCACCGGAGCCAACGAGAGUAAAGUCGCCAGAGCAGAUGAUCAUGCGAUCGCCGGAACCAGUAAAUUGGACCGUACCCCUCGACACCGGCAAGACUUUCACGGUGACGCAAAAUGUCAGGGAAGAACCUCUGACACGUCCGCAUAGUGAGGCGAAAACGUGGGCACCGUCCUCAGUACCAUCGGCGCCGCAAUCAGCACCACCGGAGCUUGCGGCUCAACACAAAUCACAACAUUCCCAGCACUCCGGCUACAAAUCACCCGAGAGCGAAAGCGUUUCGCUUGGUAGUUUUAGCGGCAUAAACGGCCACAAGGACUUGGACUCAGAGAGGGACAGUCCAUUGCCCACGAACGCGCAGGACACACCUACGAAGGAUGAGAAGGAGAUCACUAAUGUUAUCGAGGAGACGAAAGAGCGACAGAGUCCAGAGUCGUCAAUAAAGUCAGUGACAGGUACAAAUCUGAGACGUUUAGAAGACCCGACGUUCGAGAUAGAAAGUAAAAGGGAAGGUAGUAUACCGGUAACGAUCACGACAGCGCCGAUGACAACAACAUCGUCGACGUCGCCCGCAUCACAGAGUUACCGUGUUCUCGAAGCCGAUUCGCCAGCUCAAGGCGGUAGCAGCGCUGCGGGUACAGGAAGUAACACCGGAGGUAGCACUGCGGCUGGUUACCACGUUUUGGAAGCACCAGCAGUGGUACCGGGCUCAGCACAACGUUCGGCAGCGACUGACGUCUUAGAGAAGGCGCGAAAUCGCUUCGACAAGUUCUGGGGAAAAGGCAACAACGGCGCAGAGAAUUAAAAACAGUGUUCUUCAAAACGACGAGAGAAGAAAAAGACGCUUUGACGAAGAAUUACGAACAGUAGGAUAGGACAGGACAGCCCUUCUGGGAAGAAGGUUAUUUGUCCCACUCU